AUGAAUGCAGAGGACGAUUCAGACUACUCAUCCAUCUCCACUCUCGAUUCCUCAUCGACCUCAGAUUCAAGCAUUGAUGCGCAGACCUUUCUUCAGCGUAUUCGCGACAAAACGAGGCUAAAAGCUAAAAAAGUAAUAAAGACAAGCAAGUCUCCUUGUUAUUCUUCGUCAACUUCCGUUUCUUCUGAUUGCACUGAAGAGGAUUUUCAGAUGGCCCUGCAAAAUCUACUUAAAUCGUCCGCGAAGUCAGUCGACCCUGGCGUUGAAGGGACAAGCGUGCAGAGUGAAGGAAAAAAGGGCAUGUUGGAUAAUCUCGAACAGGUAAGAGACGAGAUGGCUGGGCGUGAGCCACAUGGUACACAAAAGGUUGCGACUGGUGAACAAUUAAAUAAACUACAAAAACAUGAAGGUGACUGUUCGCUGGAGACGUCGACAUCCAAUCCACUUCUUGGAUUCUCAACAGGCUCAAAUGGUGAAGUCAGCUUUGGGGCAUUUAUUCGUCUACCGCAAGAUGGUCCUCAGUAUCUGAAAAGUUUCUGUCAACGAGCAGAGCGGCACCUGAAGGGUCUUCAGUGUCAGUACAACUGUAAAAUUCAUAUAGCCGAAGAACCUGUUAAGUACAGAGCAACAAAUGUAUACCAUCUUACAAUCAGUGGCGCAGCAUAUAGAAACGUGCUUCGUUGUAAAAAUGGCCUACCCUCGUUUCUAUCAAAACUGCUAAUAACCUCUCAUGGAAAUAAUGAGGACUUCAUGCGCUGCCGGCCGAACAGAAGGUAA